GGAGUUUGCUAACAGCGAGUAUGUUACUGUUUUUCUUUUCCGUUGCUCUUCUGCUUACAUCUGCGGCGUCGCUAGACGAAUGUUCCAGCCAGCAAUGCAGCUCAGCCUGCAGCUGCAAAAGUUACGCGCUUUGCGGUGGCAAAAUUACGAAAAGAAACCAAGUGAUAACGCUUCCCACCGCUAAUGGCCGUUAUCGAAAUUGCAUUCAUUGUACUUGGAAUAUACGCGUUCGUCAACAGGAGACGGUUCGGUUGCAUUUCGAGAAGUUUAGUCUUGGGGAAGGAGACUGGGUAAAGGUCUAUGACGGGUCCAAGUCAAAAACGACUGAAAUAAUCAGGUGGGACUCGUACGCAUCUCCUGUUGACGUCGUGUCGUCGGGACACAGAAUGGUGGUGGAGUUCAGGUCAAAUGUAUGUGGAGAGAAGUCGGGAAUUCGCGCAGUAAUGAAAAGAAAUACUUGUGGCUCAUUAAUUCGACUGCCCAGCUCAAAAAAACGCUUCAUCCGUUCGCCCAACUACCCUCGUUUCUAUCCAAGCAAUGCAGACUGUUUAUGGACGGUUGUAGGCACACAAGAUUUGCUGUCAGCUGAAGUCAACAUACAUACAUUGGAAACUGAAAAGGGCAAGGAUAUUGUCACGAUUAGAGAUACUCUUGCACAAGAAAAUGCAAAUGUUACUGAACACUCUGGAACAGUUGAGUCGGUGGCUUUCAACGUGACAAAUUCCCCAGGAAUCUCCGUUGCUUUUCAUUCUGAUGUCAGUGUGCAUGGCUUGGGAUUCAAGAUAUCCCUAUCAAGCAGUUCUGAUGUAUCGAUCUGUGAAAAACCUGACAGUGUAGCAAAUGGAAGGGUGAAGUGGACUGAUUUCCGCCGGAAAGCCAUACAUUCCUGUUGUCCCGGAUAUUUCGCUCAAGGUUCUAGUGCAACACAAACUUGCAUCAACAGUAGCUGGACUCCAUCAGACACAAUCAUAUGCAAACGCGUGACGUCAUGUCCUCAAUUGCUUCCUCCUAACAACGGCAUCAUUGUUGGAGGAAACUCUCCUCCUACCCACGUUGGAGCCACAGUUGAGUUUCAGUGUAACCUGGGCUACAAUUUUGAAAAAGAAGCUUCCACAGUUCGUGCUGUGUGCAAGUGCACAGGAGAAUGGCAGUACACGCCGGUCAAACCAUAUUGCAAACUUUUUCAGUGUGGACCUCUUCCUCCAUCACCUCAGCCGGGAGGAUUCGUUCAAGUCAAAAGUCCACUCGUUGUGGGAACAGUGGCUACUUACAAAUGCCCAAAAGGAUUUGGUUUGAAUGGGAUUCCAACUGUUGUUUGUCAAGCGGACGGCUCUUGGUACCCUGUAAGGAAAAGUCAUCAUCCGCACGAAUGCGUAGCAAAUCUUACAACUUGUGAUGAUCCUGGUAUUCCUGCAAACGGCAAGCGGAGAGUGGUCUCUUUCGCUCACAGCCAGUUUGCAACAUUUGGCUGUAACGAGGGCUACGAACAAAAGGGUACGCAUUUGAGAACGUGCUUGAAGUCAAAUUCUGGCAAAACGUAUUGGAGUGGAACUCCAACAGUUUGUAAAGAUCUAUUUAAGAAUCCUUCUCAACUGGCAGGUCAGUUCAGAGAAGGGUUUUUGGAUCGAACAGUCAAAUGCAACGACAACAAGAACUCUUCCAUAGAUUCUUCUCAAUCUGGUAGCAAUGCAAUCAAAAGCUCUAACGAAGGCUUGUGCAGAGGACGUUCUGUGGUCGUUGGUGAAGGAUGCGUUGAUCUCAUCUUCGCCAUUGAUUGCUCUAAAAGCAUAUCUGAACAUAACUUCAACUUGAGUCUUGCAUUUGCUGCUCGAUCUGUCGCGCUGUUUGACAUCUCAGCGGGUCAGGCCAGAGUGGCUUUGCUGACUUACGAUCACAAGAGACAUCGACACUUUAACUUGGGAGAAAAAAAGACGACAGAAGAGACGGUGAAGGCCAUUCAAAGUGCCAGCUACUGUGGUGGCGCUACUGCAACUGGUCCGGUUUUGAAACACAUUCGCACAAAAAUCUUACCUCAGAGCAAAUCCGAUUGCAAAAGGGCGAUUUUCUUACUGACUGAUGGGAAGAACAAUUGGGCAGGGGAUCCUAGUGAUGAGGCGGAGCAGCUCAAGAACAUUAAUGGUACUGAAAUAUACACGAUCGCUUACGGAGACAGCGAUUUGAACUGGGAUGUCCUGAGCCGUCUUGCUUCAAAGAAAGAGUACUUCUUUGCUGUCAGAGAACCAGUGAUUCUGAACGAACUUAUCAAGAAAUCAUUUACUGUAAAAUUGAAUUACUCUGAGCAGUGUGGUACAACCAGCGCUCCUGACUGCAGGGCACGCGUCUUUGGCGGUUGCCAUUCGUCCAGAGGAGCUUGGCCGUUUAUUGUCUCGAUCUACACUCGUCAAAAUGGAACUUGGAUAAUCACGUGUGGUGGAACAAUAAUAAAUGACUGCUGGAUUAUGUCCGCCGCUCACUGUCUUCAAAACUUACAAGGCGUAAACAAUGAUGACAUUCGAGUGGUAACCGGAGACACUCAAAGGUACGUAGAUGAAGCGACUGAAACAACGUACAAAGUUUGUGGCAUCAAAGUACACACGGGCUACAAUGGCAGUACAUUCGCCAACGACAUUAUGCUGCUGAAGCUUUGCUGUAAAGUUGAGUUUUCAAACUUUGUCAGAAAAGGUUGUCUACCUCAGGCAGGAGACGAGAUCUACUACAGACCGGGCGCUCAGUGUGUUGUAGCAGGAUGGGGAGGCACGGUACAAAAGAGCGAAAAUGAAAUCCUCAGUCUGAAACCAUCUACUAGUCUUAAACAAGCCAAUCUUCCUGUCGCCGACAUCGAAGUUUGUAAAAAGUCGACCAGAUAUCCAGUUGCGGAAACCUCGUUUUGUGCCGGUGACGGUACUGGACAGGCGGGAGCUUGCAGGGGAGACAGCGGUGGACCCAUCUUUUGCAUGAGGAAGGAUUCAGAUACUUACGUUGUUACUGGGAUUGUCAGCUGGGGUAGUGGAUGCGGUCUGGCAGGACAAUACGGAUUCUACACUGACGUCCGGAAGUUGAGGCAAUGGAUUGAAGACAAUGUCGAGGAUUGCUCUAGUGAUCCUUGCCCAGAUUCAGGCGUGAACUUUGUUUAAUAAUGGAGUGUAUAGACAUUGCAAAUGCAAUCGUGUUUAUUGCAUGUUCUUCAUAUACUACAUGUAUCAGUAUGUAUGUAUUAAGACAAUAUAGACGUGUACGUAACAGUAGUGAUCUGUCAGUGAGGUGGUUGUUUGUUAGCACGCAGCAAAUGUGAUGUCUAAUGACACAUCGACGCUAAGAGAUUAAGUGCUUUGA